AUGAGGUCUAUAAGAGCGUUUAGUGUGUCUGCUAGGCAGCUCCAAAGGCCUAGAGUUCUGCAGCCUCGAUUUGCAAAAACAGUGGAGGAGGCAGCCAAGCCUGCUCUUCAAAAGCCUCAACCGAUCACGAAACCAUUCGGCUAUGAGGAGCCAAUAUUCUUGAAUAAGCUCAACGAGCACUCAAUUUCAGAGACUUUCUCGAAAGAGAGCAGAGAAAGAAGACAGAAAGAAAUUGAUUAUGAUUUGCAGCACUCUCCGUUCUACGACUCGAAAUCAUUCGCCAAUACGCAUGGCAAGAUCUUCCUGCCUCCGAUUUCUUUCUUCAAACAAAGCAAGUCUCUUUACUUUCCCAAUUUCGAGGGAUACACUUUGCUGAAGAAUAAGAGGCAACUUUAUGAUGUCUUGAAGGAUAAGGUGACAAUUCUUCGAAUGUCGUCUGCUAUCUCGGGUGAGAAUUGCACCAACAGUUAUGUCCAAGACUACCUUAGUGGCCCAGGCUAUGAACAAUUCAAAGAGAAGUACCCUCAUUCUCAAAUUGUUGAUAUCAAUAUACCUCAAUCUUGGAUCAAGGGCUUCUUCGUUUCAUUGGCCAAGAACAACAUCAGGAAGAUGAUCCCUCCACCCAGACACGAUCUGUAUUUCGUCCUAUCCCACAAGCUUUUCACGGGAGACGUCAAGAGAACUCUCAAAUGUGAUAACGCCUGCUCGGGAUACUUGUACAUAUUAGACGAAACCGGAAAGAUAAGGUGGGCUACGAGUGGAAUGUCGGAUGAGGAGGAGAGCACAGUAUUAUGGCGGUCAAUGCGUGCCCUCGAAAAAGAAUUGAUACAAAGCAAGGAAACUGAGAUCGAUCAAUAA